AACAAUUUAUGUAUUAAAAUUACGAUGAAUAAAAAUAAUAAUUAUUUUAAAAAACCAAUUUGAUGGUCAGAUGGUGGCACCCUAAAAAUAAAUUUUUUUAAAAAAUUACCGUAAAAGAAGAAGAAAAUUAAGCUUUUUAAAAGAGGUUCUUGACGCGUAGAGAUAGAUAUUGAUUCGGAGGGAGAAAAACAUCGGAAGAGAAGAAGAAGAAAGAAAGAAAAAUUUACGCAGGAGAAAUCAUGGCAGAACAACUUACCGACGAGCAGAUCGCAGAGUUCAAGGAAGCUUUCAGCUUAUUUGAUAAAGAUGGCGAUGGCUGUAUCACCACCAAGGAGCUUGGAACAGUGAUGAGGUCCCUUGGUCAGAACCCGACUGAGGCAGAGCUCCAGGAUAUGAUAAAUGAGGUUGAUGCUGAUGGCAAUGGUACUAUCGACUUCCCAGAGUUCCUGAACCUGAUGGCCAGAAAGAUGAAAGACACCGAUUCCGAGGAGGAACUUAAAGAAGCUUUUCGUGUCUUUGACAAGGAUCAGAAUGGUUUCAUCUCUGCUGCAGAGCUGCGCCAUGUGAUGACAAAUCUGGGUGAGAAGCUCACUGAUGAGGAAGUCGAUGAGAUGAUCCGUGAGGCUGAUGUAGAUGGUGAUGGCCAAAUCAACUACGAGGAGUUUGUCAAAGUCAUGAUGGCCAAGUAAGGAAUUCCUGGUAGACAAGAAAAGAAGACAUAUUUGUAAAAUGUUAGUGAAUUAUUAUGGGAUCUAUAGUGUUUAUUUUUCUGUAGUAAUUUCUGAUUCAUGGAAACCAGACAGUUUUUAGUUCAUGUUGUGGGUUUUGUGAUUGUGUUGAUCUUGUCGUGGUGACUAUGUCAAGCUUUUCCUUCUGGUUUCUUUUGUAUUAGAAGAUUCAACUAAUUUUGAUGAAUGACUUGGUAGUCGGUUCACAAACGUACUAUUCUGUGAAUUUUGAAUUUUUUCAUUGUAA